CAGAGAAUAGAGGCUUGGUGGUCGUUUCUGAGGAAGUCCCAGGCAGACUGGUGGAUAAAUUACUUUAAGGUUGGUGCUUUAUGGUUUGAAAACAUUCUCGCCCAAUGGCACUGAAUGGAUCUCCAACAAAAACUAACAUUUCUUUACAUAAAUUUAAAGUUUUAAUCCUGUUUGGGAGUCGUACAUUAAAUCCUUAUAAUCAGUCUCCAAUCUUAAAGUGUUAUUGCAUUGCCGUCUCCAGGAUUUACGCGAUGCCGGCGUUUUAAGAGAUGACGACCCCGUACAACAGUAAGUAUUAUUCAUUUAGUAUUCUGAGUCUCGAAAGAAAUGUUUGAGAAUUCACAGUCACCCUGUGAAACAUUUCCCACAGCUGGUGCCUUUAAAAAUAAAAACGUUAUGUACUGUAAAUCAUGCGUUGAGAAUAAGUUAGCUUUCCCCAUGAUUGAAAUAACUAGCGACGUACAUAUUUUCUUUGGCCUACAAUGUACCCCAGGUUUUAAAGGGAAGAAUUUCUUUCUCUUGCAAGCUAGACAUAUAUUGUUAGAGUAACAUGGAAAACAACAGCCUUGGGCUAAAGAAAACAAAUAAUGACAUAUUCCAUCAUCCAGUUGCCUUGAUAACUCUUUUAUCAUAUACUAGAAAAUCAUGAAAAUUCAGUUUUCUUUUAGGGCUUGUCUUCAGUUCUGUUACACAACGCUUCUACAGAGGGAGCUGUGCGAAGUUGCUUGUCUGUGGAAUACACAUAGGAUCAGACCUUAUCCAAAUCAGGACACUCCAGCUGGCAAGCCAGAUAUGUUGUUCUUUCUUCCCGAAAUUACAGGUGAGUUGGUGUUUAUAGGAGGUUUUGCUGACUUUAAUUUUUUUUGUAACUAUUUUACACUUAGCGGCAGUUGAGACGAUUAUAUUGAUUGAAACAUCAUCGAAAAUAGAAAGCCAGGCUGUUUUUUUGGAAUCACUGCUUUCUUGGUUAGUUCCAUUUUUGACAGGACGAUAAUUGUAUUGUCUUUCAGAUUCUCAAGAUUACAAAACUUACGUGGAUAAAGAUGAUUUGCAGACAGCGGAGGAGUACUUCUGCAAGGAAUGUCCACCAUUUGGUUGCCAGGAGGAAUUUUCAGAUCUCAUGCUUCUUCUAAUGGAAGAUAAUAAUCUUUCAAUACCUAACAAUGCUGAUGAAGCAGAACAGCUAUUUCUCACGUUAUUUACGGAGCUUCAGUCCAUUUUGUAG